GGGCUCAAUUCUCUUGUUUCAUCACGGAGUGUAACUAGCGCACUUCAAUUUUGACCUCAAUUGGAACUCCUAAAGUAGGAAAUAUUAACUUAUUAUUCUCCGUAAUCAACUUCAAUUGCAAUUCGUACUUGCAUUAACUUGGAGUCAUCAUCUAAAAGAAUUCCAAAUUGACUUCAUCUAAGAACUUCUCUUCUACUAGGAUUUAAUCUGCCUGAUUUGAGAUCUAUUAAUGUGUAUAAAUAUCAACUCAUCUUCUUCUCUUUUGCAUCUUUAAUUUCACUCCCAGCAAUUUGCAAAGGCCAUCAAAAUUCCUGAAGGCAUAAGCUCGAUCAAUAUCUCUGAAGCUGUAAAGCAAUAGGUGAAUUACCUUUUCCAUUCUUUAUGAAGUUAUUUUUCUUUUUACCGUAUUGCAUGGGAUAUGUCAAGCUUCGGAAGUUAUCAUGCUUGGUCAAACUCAUCUUUAACCAACCGGCGUUCAAAAUCCAGAGGCAUAAAAUUUGCUUUCAAAAUCCCAGUUGCAGAAGAAACUUGGCUGAGAGAAGGGAUCUGCCAUGUCAAUUCGUUGCUCUUGCCUGGUGCUCUGUCCAAGAAGAACAGGUUUGGUUGAUUGCGGACAACACCCAGAGCAGAUCAUCGCUCCUCUUACUUGCCGCCGGACUGAUGGUGCUGCUGGCCGGAUUGUUGGUGCCGCUUGUUGGAGAGAGAAGAUGCCGCCGUUCCUAUUUCCGCUGACGCUGUUAUGCCACCACGCCGUCAGAAAUUGAUCCAAGAAUCCGAAGUGGUCUGUCAAAUUGCUGGUGGCUAUAUUUAUACAAAUCAAGAAGAAAGUAGCUGGUUGACGGUGCCCGAGAAGAUGAUGGAGCUAAUCUUUGUUGCUGAUUUCUGGCGAGCUCUGUGUGGUCGGAUGCUGAUCUUGGGGUUCAAUUCCGAUGGUGAGCAGCAGACGGAGGCUUCAAGAAGGAUUGCUGGUGUCAGAUGUUGCGGAAGCUAGUUGGUGUUUGGAGAAGAUACUACCAGAUGAGUUGAUGCUGCCGUCGAAGGUCACUAACCGGAGAAGAUGCUGGUCGGAGUUCAGUUGAUGCGGCGGAGAUGAUGCUGGUUCGUCUAUUGGGCUUCUAAAUUCGGAGGAGCAAAGUAGAAUUUUCCCGGAGCUGCUGAGAUUGAGACGCUACCUGCCAAAGUUUUGUUGAUGCGGCAAUUCAAAGUCGAUUCAAGGAGGUGGGCCUGCAGUGAGGUUCUUCCAUAGUUGUAGCCAUCCGUUUUAUUUAUUUUGACCGCUGGUGCAGAGAAGAAAUUACUUGUGCUGCUCGCUGGACCGCUGGUGUCGAAUGUUGAAGCUGCGCCAGCUUGUUGGUGUAGGAGAAGCUGCUGGGAGAUGAGUUGAUGAGAUCGAGAUGUUGUCUUGUCGGCCAGAAUUUUUUUGAUGCGGCAACUCAAAGUUGAUUCAAGGAGGGGGCCCGCAGCAAGAUUCUUCCGGAGCUGUUGCGGUUGGAGGCGUGGCUGCAGCUUUCUCGAGAAGAAGGAAAUUGAUCGAUGUUUCACGCGAUGCUCGUGCGAAGGAGAUGACGGGAGGGUGAGGCCAAUCGCUGAGUUGUUGUCGUGCUUGUUCGAGGAAGACGACCGGAGAAGUUCUGCACUUUGGAGAUUUCCGUCGCUGCUGCGUUUAGUUUUCUGAGAAGCCGUGCUCAACUGCUCAUCUGCGAACAAGACAGCAGGAUAUGGAUAUUCCUAAAAGACUUGGGCCAUGGGCCUUAUUUAAUGGUUAUUGGGCCCAAUGACUAUUAAACCUGCUCGAAAUAAGGAGACCCGAUUUCCUGAUGUUUCAAGUGAUUUGCUCAUGGUGCCAUUUAUUGAAGAGGAAGGAGCUAGGCCUAUUGUUGGGUUAGUGGCACUGAUAUAAAGAAUUAGGCUGAUUGCCGGUAGUCGGUGUCGUUUGGGGCCUUUGGUUGGGCUAGUGGCACCGAUCUAAAGAAUUAAGCCGAUUGCCGGUCAUCAGUGCUGCUUAGGGCCCUUGGUUGGGCUAGUGGCACUGAUCUAAAACAUUAGGCCGAUUGCCGGUCGUCGGUGUCACAUGGGGCCCUUGGUUGGACUAGUGGCACUGAUCUAAAGAAUUUCCCAGUGAUGUCCUGUGAAUACAAAGCCCUGCUGAUGCCAUUUAUGAAGGGCGGCUAUUUCGCCGUUUGUGAAGGCUGGCCAUUUUGCCAGUUUGAAUGACGACCACUUCGCCGGUCUGAGGGUUACAGCGGCGUCGCUUGGUACAUUGUUAUGAUAGUGGCACUGAUAGAAGAUGAUGUUCGAAGUUCAACUCAAUCACUUUCAGGUGAGGCGCAGACUUGAGAACUCCCACAUCCUGGUAUGGCUUUGUUUUUUGUAACCUCUUUGCUGAAAAACUAGAUUGGGUUUUGUUUUGUUAUAACUGAACUUGAUGGAUAAGUGUACCCGGGGGUAUCUAUCCGAGGGGUUACUGCGGGAAAUAACUAGAGAGAAGUCAGAGCAAAAGUAAGAGAGAGAAUAUAUAUUGCUGAGAAUGCGUUGAGUGUAUUGAACAUGGAUUACAAAUGGGGAAAAGGGGUGCUAUUUAUAGUAGCAAUAAAUGCCAGAUAGGGACACAUGUCAUCAUUCUGGUGGUCGAGGGGUCACCUCAACGGGGUGGCACUGGCACUCGCAUGUGGCCGCAUUGAAUGCGGUGGUUGGAUGUGACAUUUGUACUCGGUACGUUGAUCCGGCGCAUGUGGGUGGGAGAUUCUGUCGAGGAGAUGCCUUCGGCCGUAGAUGAUUAGCUGAAGGCUCUUCAUACCGGGGGCUCUAGGUGCCGAGGGCUACUGUUUUUGCCGCUUUCUCUCAGACACUUUGAGGGCUGUAAAGAAGCCGUAGGUAACACAGGGGGGACUCCACCAGCCAGCGGAAGAAGUGGGCUCAAUCGCUAUACGUAGGGGAAGUCACUCAUAUGCCCCCGGUAAAGCGGCUGAGGGAGGAGCCCUUCACAUUCACAAACGCCGAUCUCCCCCCUGCUUCCUCUCCUCACAAGGAUGCUUUGGUGAUCCAAAGCAAAAUAAACAACACCAUCAUUCAUCGAACUUACAUUGACACGGGCAACUCCGUCAAUGUAAUGUACCUCAGCACAUUCAGAGAGCUGCAUCUGGAGAGGGGGUCCCUUCGGCCCAUAAAGAUCCCUCUUGCUGGCUUCACUGGAGACACCAUUGACUCAGAGGGGGUCAUAACCCUCCUGGUACUAUUCGGUGACGGGCUCCAUAGAGCCAAGCUCGAAGUGGAGUUCGUCGUCGUCAACAUCGACUGCGCCCACAACAUCAUCCUCGGCAGACCAGCCCUCGAGGACCUCGAAGCCAUCAUCUCCAUGAGGCAUCUGUGCCUCAAGUUCCCCACCGAGGGAGGCAUCGGAUACUCAAGGGGGAAUCAAAAACUUGCCCGCGUUUGCUACAUUCAAGUGACAAAGAAGGUUAGUAAGACCGAGUUCUGAGUUCACACCAUCACCGGAACCGUGGAGGAAGAAGAGAAGAGGCCGAGGGCUGAGCCCGCCGAGGAAGUAGAAGACUUCGCACUCGAUCCGGCCAAGCCGGAGAGAGUUGUGAAGAUUGGAGCCAAGCUCCCCGAAGACCUAAAGACCAGCAUAACUGAAGCCCUCCGCGCCUACUCCAUUGUUUUUGCAUGGGGGCCAGAGGACAUGCCUGGAAUCAGCCGAAGGGUCAUCACCCACCGCCUCUCGGUGGGCCCUUCGGUCAAACCUAUACAACAGCGAAGAAGACCCCUCUCGGCCGAGAGGAGGGAAAUUGUGAAGAGGGAGGUUGUCGUGCUCCUCUACAUCAAGCACAUCAAUGAGGUGAAAUACCCCUCGUGGCUGGCGAACAUAGUCCUCGCACAGAAGCCACCCACCUUCCGCAUGCGUGUGGACUACACAGAUCUCAACAAGGCGUGCCCUAUGGACCCUUUCCCUCUGCCGAACAUCGAUCAACUCCUGGAUGAGACCGCGGGGUGUGAAAUCAUGUCGUUCCUCGAUGCAUUCCGUGGAUAUCACUAGAUUUUUAUGCAUGAGGAAGACGCGGAAAAAACAGCCUUCAUGACUCCCGAGGGCAUAUUCUGCUAUCUUGUCAUGGCCUUCGGCCUGAAGAACUCAGGCGCCACCUACACCCGAAUGGUGGCCAGAGUCUUUCAGGCCGUCCUAGGACGCACCAUGGAGGCCUAUGUUGACGACAUGAUCGUCAAAAGCAAACAAUCAUCGAGCCAUGCUGACGACCUCCGGAAGAUCUUCGCCAUCAUGCAAAAGUUCAACCUUCGGCUAAACCAGAAGAAAUGCACCUUCGGCGUUCAAGGAGGCAAAUUUUUAGGCUACAUGGUGAGCCAAAGGGGUAUUGAGGCCAACCCCGAGAAAAUCCAGGCCAUCAUCAACAUGGAGCCCCCACGUAACGUGAAAGAGGUCCAACGGUUGACGGGCCGCCUGGCAGCCCUCAACCGCUUCCUAUCCAAAUCGGCUGAGAAGUCUUACCCUUCUUCCAGAUCAUGAGGAAGACCGCCGGCUUCCAAUGGACCUCAGAAUGCAAGGAGGCCUUCGACGAGCUGAAACGAUACUUAUUUUCACCCCCUGUGCUCUCCAAACCCAUGGUGGGGGAAACCCUAUACCUCUACCUUGGAGUCGGCCCGGCUGCCAUCAGCUCAGUGCUCAUCUGGGAGGAAGAUGGCGUUCAACAUGCCAUCUUCUAUGUUGGCAAGACCCUCAGGGAGGCCGAACUCAGGUACUCCCCCGCGGAAAAGAUAGUCCUAGCCAUUGUUUGGACUGUGAAGAAGCUUGGCCACUACUUUCAGGCCCAUCCGGUCCAGGUCCUCACUCACCAACCCCUCGGCGCCUUGAUGAGGAGCCCCGUCAGCUCCACCCGAAUGGUAAAAUGGGCCAUCUUCUUUAGCCAAUAUAACAUUGACAUCCGUCUGAGGUCUGCCAUAAGGGGCCAAGCCCUGGCGGACUUCGUAACAGAGUGCACGGCCAGAUCAACAGUAGAUGAGGAGCCCUCGGCACCUUCGGACAAGUGGUGGACCCUCUAUUCUGAUGGCUCCUCAGCCACCAAAGCAUGCGGGAGAGGAGUAGUUCUCAUUACUCCCGAAGGCUUCCGGGCCUACUAUGCCAUCCGCUUCUCCUUCAAAGUCUCCAAUAACGAAGCGGAAUAUGAAGCCCUCCUCUGUGACCUUCGACUGGCAGCGAAUAUGAAGGCCAGAAUGAUCCACGUCAAGUGUGACACCAAGCUUGUCGUGGGCCAAAUCUCUGGGGAAUACGAGGCCAAGGAAGGGAGGAUGAAACAAUACAGGGAGGCGGCUAAAGAAUUGCUCAAGGUAUUUGAGGCACACUCUCUCACCCAAAUACCGAGGGCUCAAAAUUCUGAGGUCGGCAUUUUAUCAAAACUCUCGGAUGAAUCCCCCGAGCACCUCUCACCCAAUAAAGGCAAGAGGACUGGAUCUCAGACAUCAUCGCCUUCAUCACCACAGGGCAACUACCCGAGGAUGAAGCUCGCUCCAAAUUAGCAAAGCUGAGGGCCCCCAACUACACCAUCGAAGACGGAAGGCUCUACAAACAAUCUUACAACGGCACACUACUCCGAUGCCUACAUCAAGACGAAGCCGAAGUCGCCAUGGAGGAAGUGCACAGUGGCACUUGCUCAGCUCACCAGGGAUCCUUCUCUAUGUCCCGAAGGCUCAUAGUCCAAGGCUACUUCUGGCCUACAAUGGCCCGAGAUUGUGCGGAUCUCGCCCAAUAGUGUACCGCCUGUCAACACUUCCAGAAGGCCCCCGGCAGACCAGCGGUCAACUAUGCCCCCAUCAGCACAUCUAUACCCUUAUCUAGAUGGGGCAUAGACCUUGUGGGCCCUCUGUCGAGGGGUACCUCCAACAAUAGGUACAUCAUCGUUGCCAUUGACUACUUCACCAAGUGGGCGGAGGCUGAGCCCCUCGCCAGCAUUACUGAGGCCAGGUGCCGCCACUUUGUCCUAAAGAACAUUCUCACAAGGUUUGGCGUCCCCCAACAAAUCAUCUCCGACAACGGAACCCAAUUUGAGGCAGCCUUCUUCUGUGCCCUCCUAGAGGCAUGGGGCAUCAAGCACACCUUCUCAUCCGUUGUUUACCCUCAAGGCAACGAUCAAAUGGAGAACGCCAACCGGACAUUACUUGAGGGCCUAAAAAAGAAGCUGGAGGCCGAAGGGGGAGGCUGGGUAGAAGAACUCCACAACAUCCUAUGGGCUUACCGCACCACCCCUCAGCGGGCAACAGGUGAAACACCCUUCUCCCUGUGCUAUGGAUUUGAGGCUAAAGCUCCCACGGAGGUGACCCUUCCUACUCGAAGGGUAGCCCAAUAUGAUCCCGAAGUCAACGACGCUAAUAUGGCCCUCGACCUUCACCUCAUCUCAGAACGCCGAGAGUAAGCCUUCAUACGAGCGGAAAACUACCGAAGGCAAGUGAAGGGCUAUAUCGACGCCAAGGUCCGCUCUCGAGAAUUCCAAGUGGGGGAUUAUGUCCUACGACGGAGGGAAGCUAGCCAACCAACUGAGGGCGGCAAGAUGGUACCUAAGUUUGAGGGCCCAUACAUCGUAGUGGCCAUCAUCAAAUCGGGGACUUACAAACUCAAACGCCCCAGUGGGGAAGAGGUCCCUAGACAUUGGAAUGUACAUCACCUAGUUAAAUUUUAUCACUAAUAUUAGAGCGGCCAAGACCUCAUAACUAAUGAAUGUAUUAUCAUACGGCCCAAGGCCUUCAAAUUUAGAGACAUAUUGAAGACACCAAGAAUAAGAAACAAGACACAUAUGAGCGGCCAAGCCCUCAUGCGGACUACUGGCCCAAGGCCUUAUCACAAGCAAGACCCUUUGGCACCAAGUGCCGAGGGUAGACACUCCCAUCACCUACGACAAAUGAAGAAAACACCAAGUGUUUUUCAGAAGACCCCUCGGUACCAAGUGCCGAGGGACCGUACUCCUAUCAACUCCAGACAGCGGAAAACAUCAAGUGUCUCCUUUGAAGACCCCUCGGGGGCCAUAUGUCGAAACAAACACCAAGUGUUGUUUCGAAAGCCGUACCCCUCGAGGACGCAUUUAUACCGAAGGCACCACCUAUCGGUGCCGGCAGCACGUAGUGCCCCCGGCCAUUUGUAACCAGUGCACAAAUGAAAACCCUUCCUUGAAACGCUUUCCGCGUCAUUACCCCAAGGGAAUCACAGACAUCUAAUAUGCCCAGGAUUCGACUUCCAAAACGAAACGCUCCCCGCGCCAUUACCCAAGGGUAUGGCAGGCCACAGACUAUGUCUCGCGCCGAGAGGACGACUUUCAAAACUGGGGCGCUUUCCGUGCCAUCCCCCAAGGGGAGGCAGGCUACAGACUGUGUCCUAUGCCGAGGAAAUGGUGUAUGCUGUUGCCUCCCGAUAGGCCAAGCCUUACCAAGAAACCAAGUUUCUUGAAGCCUUCCCUUCACUCCCAAAAAAAAAGGUGAAGGGGAGUAGACUCAAAGAGCAAUCAAUGAGUACAUAACUCCAACAAUCCACAACGGAACACCCUUCAGCAAACAGCAAGAAGGAUCAUCACAAGACAAUACAAAUCAUACCGAGGGCUCCCCAAGGGAACGCCUCUGAUACCUGGGGACUACUAAUUCCAGAAGGCCGCUAUUCAACAAAGGCUACCGAAAAAUGGCUAAGUCCAAUGUCUGGAUUAACCAACAAAUACCGGUGCCCCUCUGACGUCAAACAACACUGAGGGAUCUCCAAAGGAAUGCCCCCGUUCACCAUACAUCAAAUAUCAGUCAGGUCUACAAACUGGUGGCCUCCGGCAUCAACGAAUACCGAGGCUCUAAUCCUGCUAAAGGAUUAAAAAUGGCCAAGUCCACUCAACAACGACUCAAGGGAUACCGAAGGCAUCCACUUUCCGUCCGCCCUUACUACAUCAUGAAUGUCUUACAAAAUUUUCCUAAGUCCGCACUUUGGAGCCAUUAUGGCCGAGGGCGCCUCCUACACAAUACCGAAGGCAAGUACCCACAGACAUGAUCUUGAAAUUCCUAAGUCCAAGUCCCAGCAACCCCCAACGUUACAACCAACGCCGGAGGUUAGUACUCACAUGGCUCAUUUACCGAAGGCCAAGUGACAAGUAACACGUAGAAAAAUGUCUAAAUUCUAAAUGGUUGGCCCUCGGUCAAAUCUCCAUGCAGCCAGAGGGGUCACACAACCGAAGGCUCUGUGGUGAAACCACACUUAGAAAAAUGUCUAAAUUCUAAAUUGUUGGCCCUCGGUCAAAUCUCCAUGCAGCCAGAGGGGUCACACAACCAAAGGCUCUGUGGUGAAACCACACUUGGAAAAAUUUUCUAAGUCCUACAUAUUUGGCCCUCGGUCAAAUCUCCAUGCAGCCGGAGGGGUUGCACAACCGAAGGCUUUGGUGAAACUACACUUGGAAUAUUUUUUCUAAUUCCUAAAUGUUAGGCCUUCGGCCAUACAUAUAGCCAGGCAUACAUUCACGCACAAAGGAAAAGAAAGUCGGGGAAGGACGAAGGCAUACAAAAGAGAAUGACAACCGAGGGAAAAAGUUGUGAACAAAAGAGAAAAAUAUUCUAAGUCCUGAAAUUUUGGGCCCUCGGUCAAAUCGUGACGGCUGCCCAAGUUCAGAGGGAAGCAUCUGUCGUGGGCCUAGUAUUGAACAAACACUUAGAAUGAUUUUCUAAGUCCUAAAUGAUUGGCCCCCGGUCAAAUCAUAAUGCAAACAUACAUGCAUACAUGAAAGGAACGUAAAGAAAAACGAAGGCCAUUCACUCACCAGAAGGGAAGAAAAGAGUAAAUUCAAACAUUAAAGCCCGAAGGCAUAUCAUUCAUUCGGAAGAUAGCAUUCAAAUGCAAGGGCGGUAAACGUGUUCAAUUACAAAUAUUGUUCAAAAGAUUUACAAAUACAAAGUUACUCGGCGGUUUUCUCCUCAACGGCCUUUGGAGUAACGUCCCCUUCAGCAUCUUUAAAGGUAACCUCUCCACCGACAUUCUCCUCGGCACCACCAUCGUCGGACCCCCCAUCAUCAUAGAAUCUUCAAUCACUGGUCUUUCUUCGCCCGGGGGGAGGGGAUUCUCACAUCAGGUUGCAAUGGGGGAAGGUCGUACACCGUCGGGUCAAACUAAUCGAGGGAGACGUUGAAGUGACGAGCGAGCCUCCAGUAUAUCAGGUGCUGGGUGAAGAACUCACCCCCUUGGUAGUAGCAGUCGCCUCUCUCGGCCAACCACUCCUUGUCAGGGCCUUCAACCCAUACAUCUAUCUUCUUCUGCACAACGGAGGAGACCCAUUCUUCCCUAUCAGCAGCCUCCCAGCCUUCGGCAGUGAAGGCAUCAACCACGGCUUUCCCAGCUUUCGCUACCGCCUCGUUCUUGGCCCUCUCGACCUUGUCGGCGGCUCUCUUGGCGACCUCGGCAGCAGCACUCUCGGCCUCAGCCUUCCCCUCGGGCUUGGCCUCUGCUAUGGCAAUCUCCAUCUUCAGCUCCAUCUGUUGAAGGGUCUCCUCCAACUUGCACAUUUCCCUAAGGGAAGCAUCUUUUUCAAGGAUAAGCUUCCUCAGGGACUCCUCCUGCUGGGCCUUCUGGAGGCGCCAUUCUUCCAGCCGUCGGGCAUGUUCACCGAGGGCUAUGCAGGCCUAUAAGCAAUGAACAAAGGAAUCAAGUUAUCAUUCAGGAUGUGCUAAGUGAAUGAAAAAGAAAACUAAGGAACAGAGACUUACGGUAAGGGAUGACCGGAGGAUCUUGCUCUCGAAGGAAGCAUCGUCGUAAGUGCCGAGAGCCUCCAUAUCCAUCGCCGAAGUAAUUACCCGCAGGAAGGCCUUCGGCUCAACCGUGGCGUGCAUCACGGAAGUUCCGGGGGCCAGGGAGAAUUUCACAGUAUCCCGGGGGAAAUCUUCCAAAGGAAGAUCAGAAGGAGCCGUCGCCACCUCAGCACGUGGCUCAGAAGUGGAAUGUUCAUCCACUAUCAUAAUCGAGGGAUCAUCCUUCCCCGCAUUCCCCUUUUUGGGUUUCUUACCCUCAGGACCACCGCCCUUCCCGGCGGCCUUCCUCUUCUCCGCAACGUCAGCUCCUUGGGAGCCUCCAGCCACAUCAACGGUGGCAACAGCCGUAGAAGGCACCACCACCUCCUUCUGAAAAAAGGCACUGACGGGUUGCUGACCCGAGGGAUCCUUCUUCUUGACUUGGGCCUUGCCCUUCUUCUUCUUCAUAGCAAACAGAGCGUUCGCGUCCAUGUGAUUACCUGCAAAAAGAAAACACAAGAUGGUUAGAUCGAGGGGUAGAAAGCACGAAUAGAAAUUAAAGUACAAAAUUCCUAAGUACAAAAUAUAAGGCCCCGGCAACUACCUCCUGUUCCCCUGAAGGCUCUAUCAAGGAUGGGGUACUUCUCGACUGUUUCCCCCAAGAAGCGGUACCACCGGAAGCCGAGGGAAUACAAAUCGCUCUCGAGGAUGCAUUCUUUGGUGGUUACGUUCUUAUUCCGCCCCUCCGGGAUCUUGGAAAUAUUAAGACCAUCUUUUUUGAGGGAGGCACUUCCCACCCUCUCAUGCCGACGGAAACGAUCCUGCAACUCCCUCGGGAAUGGGCUCUCAUCCAGUCUCACAUAACACCAUCGCUCCUUCUAGCCUUUAUUUGAGGAGGGCGCCUCAGUGAACAACUUCCAAUGGGCUAUCUGCUACAGGUUCGCGAAGCCCUCGGCAUUCGCAUGGCCUCCCCGGCACAGGUUGAAACUUUGGAAGAAAAGGUCCAAGCUAGGGGUUACCCCCCGGGACAGGCAGAGGUGCAGGAACCCGAUAAUAUAAGAGUGACUGUUGGCAGGGGGCUAAGUCAACGAACCUGAGGUACUCCCGAAGGAAUGGGUGCAAUGGGAACCGAAGGCCCACCGACACUGAAAGAAUGUCAACCGCUAUGCACCCCUCAGGAGGUCGGAACAGGAUAUCCUCAGGGCCUGGCUCUAUCACUGUUGCCGAUGGACCAACAUGCAGCUGUGUGACGUAGCAUUCUGCCCUAUCAGCCUUCGACUUUAUAUCGAGGGUGGCGGUGUUAAGGAAGGAAUAACCCUCGGGCAGAUCGAUGGGUUUUCCUUGAUCAGCAACGCUACCCUUCUUCUUGGGAGCGGGAGCCUUCGUCUUCUUCUUCUUCCCGGGGGCUACCCUGAGGGGAGUCGGGUUCAGCGGCCGAGAGUUGCUUGCCUCACCAGCAUUACGAGGGGAGGGGACCGCAAUAGUAACCCUCAUCCUCUCCCUCUCCUUCUCCUCCUCUUCAAUGGCCGUGUGCAUGGCGAGGGCCAUCUCCUCGUCUUCCACCACUUGUUCGAACUCCUCCGCCUCGGCUUCGGUCACUAACUCCUUCUGAACCUCCAUAGCGAGGGCAACAUCACCAUUCCCCGAGGACUGACUGCUUGCAGACUCGACGUCCGAAAUACCCUCCUCCUCAGCCGAGGGCUCCCUUGAGACAUUUUGGGAAUCACUUGCAGAUGACAUUUUAUUUUUCGGAAACUAGGGGUCGAGGGUUUAAGAGACCGAAGGCUUUCUAUGGGGCUCUAACACCUAAUCUAAGUCCGGAGAGCAAAACUUACUAAAAGGGCGAAGAACAGAUGGAGAACUGACCUCAUAAAUAGGAGUUUGAUCGAAAGCAGGUUUCUCUCUCUAGAAAAAUUUCGGCAGAGCUUCGCUACAGUAUGAUCGCGCAAGAAGAAUAGCCUUGGCCUUGGGGUAUUUAUAGGCCUCCCACUCCGGGCUUGGGCCAAGAAACCGGGCCCCCGAUGGAAAGUCAUCAUUACACGCCGCCCCUUCCGCCAACCAGUGAUACCCGCCUGAAGCUAGCCAACAACUACACGCCACGUGGAUAUCACCUCCAACGGCUACAUUUUCAACGUUCCUUAUUCCAACGGUCUUAUCACAACGGCUAUAUUUUAGAAACACAAAGGUGCUCCCGGCCGGUACCCCUCAUACAACAUUACACUUGCAUUCGGGCUUUCUCCUUCAGCACCCUUCGCACAACAAAUUGGGGCUGGCCCUCGGUCCAUCACAUUCAAACACCCCAUGUCAUAUGGGCCCCCGAGGUAACAAUGGAAAAGCCCCUCAAAACGUUGAGAACUAGGGAGUCCCCUUGGGGCAACACCUUCAAAUUCCCUCAUCAGUGGCUAGCCUCCGGCUAAAAUACCAUGGCACCCCUCAGCACACAGGAACGAUCACCGGCAUUCGUCAACAACGAACAAGCCCUCAGCCUCAUUGACUGGGGGACUACCCUCGGCAGUCCCCGGGAUGCUCGCUCAUGCUUAUCAAUUACGGAUGCCUUCGUAGGAAUGCUCCCGGCAGACCCUCCGGGAUAUCAACGAAGCCCCUCCAGCAACUCCACAGACAUGCCCUCAGAUCAAUGGUAGUCUUUGGCAUCAACUUUGUCCUUCAUCUCAGACCAAGGUUUCACCUUUUCGAUUCAUCAUUGGGGGAAUUCGGUGCACUCUUUUUCCUUAUUAGGAUUUUUUCCCACAAGGUUUUUUCAUAAUGAGGUUUUUAACGAGGCAUCCCCCCAAGAUGAAACAAAAAGUGUCCACCUUCGGCCCCGUACAAACAGCAGACACCACUCUACUCCUUUUCACCACUUUAUAAGUGCCUCAGGAGUGGGGGACUAGAGAACCUCUCCGGGAAUCGGGAAAAUAAAAAAAUGCUAAAAAAUUAUUCUCACAAAGCAUCAACACCCUUUAGUCCCAAAAUGUGAGGGACUGAAGGGCUGCCCCGGCAGAAUCGUGUGCAAACGCAAAAUCUCUCACAGGUUUACAAACAACACCAAGACAUCAUCAGAGGACAAACGCAUUUUACUCCUUUUACCUCAAGUACCUUUCGGCAAAAGGAGUGAGGAAGUCCUGAUGAGGUAUAUGGCCCAAGAACCCCCGGCCCAUAGACUCCCACUACUAUAGCUGAUAGAGUAUAUAUCUAGAGAGAAGUGAGAGCUAGAGAGAGAAGUGCAAGUAAAUGCUUCAAUAGAAUGAUUUUGUCACCCCUACAACUACUCCAAGAGGUAGUAUUUAUAGGGAAAAUACGGGCUGGGCUCCCAAGUCUUGGGCUAGGGAGGCCCAUUUUCAACUGGACCGCUAUUGGGCCGAAUACAAUGUGCGUAGAAAUGAUUAAGUGUAAAAUCCUAUUCUGGGGGCCGCUCGUGGCCGAUGAGGGCACGGCCGACGAGGGCACGGCUGACGGGGACCUGGCCGACGAGGUCACCCGGUUCUCCUAGGUUACGGACCGUAUUCUGAGUUAGACUGCUUUCUGGCCGAUGGAGGUCAUAUGACCGACGAGGGUCCCACCAGGUGAUCGUGGUACCUUCUGUCCUUCCGAGUAUGUGGGCCAUGGGGUCCAGGCCCAUAUACUCCAUCAGGAGUCCCCCACUCUCUAAGCUGAGAUGUAGAUGAGGUGAAGGAGAGUAGAUUUCUGUGCUUGAUGCUCUUGGCCGACGUGGGACCACCCCGACCGUUUUCUGUCGUGGCGUUGGUGGCCCUGUUCUGGAUUUGGCCAUUACCUUCCCCUUGAUGUGGACGAUGAGCGUUCCGGUCAUGGGUGGCCGAUGGAGACAUUCUUUCCUUCUCACGACCUUUGGUGGCUGGAUUUUGUUUUUGGGCCGAGGAGGCCACUGCGGUUGUGUUCUUGCUUGAAGACGAUGAGCGUCCCUCAUCUUGAGUGUCCGUUAAGGGUGCUACUCACUCCUUAUGACCGUUGGUUAAAGUUCGUACUGUUGGCCGAGGAGGCCAUUGGGGCUACCUUUUGGUUGGACGAUGAGCGUCCUUGCUUAGUGGGUACGAUGAGCGCCCUUUGUCAUGAAUGGCCGAUGAAGGCCGUGCCCACUCGUGACAGUUGAUGGCUGAUCUUCGCUCUUUGGGGUCGAGGAGGCCUGUGUGGUUGUCUCUUGUUCGAGGAUGAUGAAUGUUCUUUUGUUCCCGGGUGGCCGGUGAGGGUGCGGUUUGCUUCUUAGCCGUUGACCGUGUUCUAUGUUUUUUGGCCGCAGUGGUGUUGUCCGUAGUCUGGCAUUCACGCUUUUGAGGACGAUAACGACACUGAUCCGGGAGGAGUGGUGCGUGUCCUGGUCUCAAAGCCGAUAAGUGCCUUGUGAUCUCAAGUGUUGCGCUUAUGGAGGGAAUUCUUUGUUCGCUAGCUUUGCUGCGGCCGAUGGUGCACCAUGAUGUUAUGGACGUUGUGGUGCAUGUCUGAUGUUGUAGUUGUGGACUUAGAAUAUUUUUGGAUUUUUCUGAUUUUGUCCUGGUUUGCAAAGGCCGAUGUAGUCCCCCAGUCCCCCAGUGCUUCAGGCUGAAGAGUAGGUGAGGGGUGAAGGAGUAAAGGAUUUACCGAGGCCGAAGCGGACUCUUGUAUACACCUGAAUCCAAUUCCUUGGCGAUUUCCUGGUCAAGGUAACCAUGUGGGAGAACCCAUGGACGCAGGUCGCUUUCAAGAAAUUAUCAUCAGGGUUUUAUACAGGGCCGAUGGCGUGGGGUUUCUUGGUGGUUUUACCGCCGUGGCCAUUGAGAAGGCCAUGCAAUUGGCAUUCUGUUCAAGCCAAUGUGGACGUGCCUUGAGAUGUGACCUAUCCAUUUGAAGUAUCUCUGUGUUGAGGCCGAUGUGGGCACGCUUUAUUAGUGUGGCCGUUGAGUGGUUGGCCUGUUAGUGGUGAGCUGGUGUUGUGGAAGUGGGCCUGACCCGACUUCUAAACUGGUGCAAGCCCAAUGGGCCUUGGGGGUGGUGGCCAUUCAUGUGGCCAAUGGGAGGUUUCCAUGUGUAGUGACCGUUGAGGGGAGGUCUAUAAAUACCCCCCCUCCGAAGAGGUUCCUCAUUGCAUUCCUGAGAUAACGAAGUGCAGCUGAAUUUUCUAGAGAGAUAAAGUUCUUGCAAGUGUUCUUCGUGUUCAUCAAAGCUUCAAAGGUUAGUGCAUCGAAAUUUUCCUCUGUACUUUGCCUAUUUCGCUUCCUAGGCCAUUGAUCCUUUGUUAGUGGAGAAAUACCCUUAGAUCCAAAGUAGAAAUCUUUAGGCUCUAGUUAGUUGUUAUGAUGAAGCCUUUGGACGACGAGUACUACCCGUACGACGAUUAGCCCUCUGCUAAGUCUCUUGAUUAUCGGGUGGUAGAGGAGUGCUGUGAGGAGAUAGAGGAGUUGAGCUCCUUCAAGUCAGGGGAGGGUGAAGGUGAGGACGAAGAGGUCGCCUCGUCGUCUGAUGGUGAAGAUGUAGUGGCUUUACGUGCUGUGGACGGAGCGUCUACAUCGGCUGCAAUCCCUUGCCCGAAGCCGGUUUCUGCUGUAAAGGGAGCUGCUCUGACGAGAAGGCGGCGGCCGAAGAGGGGUCAAGGUUUCUCUUACCUAGAUCUCACCAACCUCUAUCUGAUCAAGCCGGAGAGUAAUGCGGCCGAUUACUUGGUGGCACAGAUGUACGUGGGGCCGUAUGGGCGGGUUAGGGCGCCCAAGCCGACGGAUCACGUGUUGAAUCCACCUCCGGGGUAUUUUGGAGUAUACCCCAUGAGCUUCGCAAAGGGACUUAGGUUUCCCCUUCACCCAUUCAUCACGAAGUAUCUGGACAUGGUGGGUCUCCCUCCAGCCUUGCUGACUCCCAACAGCUAUUCGCUCAUUGUCGGCUUUCUUCUCCGCUGCGAUGAGCUAGAUUUUAGGCCGACAACGACACUGUUCAUGAACCUGUACCAGAUUGGUCAAGGGAGCCACAAAAACUGUGCUGGUUACGCUAACCUCUAACAGCUGCCGAAGAAGAGGAGUUUCACUGACCUCCCUUCGUCUAUUCAUGGAUGGAAGAGCAAGUUCGUCUUCGUGUCCUUGGGUGAGGACGAUACGGAGUUUCCUUCAGUUGGUCACGACGGUAAGUUCACCCUGCAUGACGUGCCGAAGAGCAGUAUUUUGGAUGCCCAGGAAGCGGCGUUUCUGAAGGGCGGGCCGAGGAGCGUGAAACAUUACAUCACGGAAUACAAGAUGACCGCCCUCGGCUUCAUGAGGUAUCACGUUUAUGGUGACAAGGAAGGUGAUAUCGAGUUGUGGCCAAAGAUGACCACCACCAUUGAGGAGGCCGACGGCCCGGAUAUGGGCAUUCCUGCUGAUGCUGAUGACUUCGCUAUGGAUCAUAGAUCCGUCAUGGACCUAGCCAAAGCUAAGGCGAAGGAGAAGAUGGCCGCAAAGGAGGCUGCAAAGAUGGCCGCUGCGGGCGGCGCUCAACCAAGCUCUGAUGCGGCGAAGAAACCGCCAACGCAGCUGAAGAAGAAGCGGCCUGCCGAUGACGGCCAGAAAAAACUUACCGAGGCCGGCAUGCAAUCCAAGAAGCCGAAGAGGGCUUCUCCUCUGGCGGAUGCUGGUGUUGGGGGUAUGGCCAUACCGAAUGAUGAUGCCAGGGCUCAAAUGCCAUUACCGUUGUGGACGCGGUUUCGGUCCCCUCUUCGGCGAUCCUAUCUCAGCCGCCGCCUAUCGGCCAAGAGCCCUGUAAGCAAAGGGCCGGCAAGGAGCUGGCUGGCGGGACUUACAAGCUCGAGAUCGAGUAUCCUGUGAAGGGUGGCGUCUUCAAUGACGCCGUUGACGACCAUGAUGUCCUUGCCCGGGCUGUCUUGGUCGAGGAUCGGGCUUAUCUGAAGAAGCUGGGUCCCGUCAGGAUUUACAAUGGCGGUAUGGACCUCAUCAUUUAAGUAAAGCCCUCAUACUUUACGUCUUUUGUGUCAUGGGUUUUGCAUCGUCCUAAUUCUUCAUUUCUCCUUUUUUGUUGCAGGGCGCUCUCAUGCUGAUGGAGAGCCACAAACGGCGGGAGCAGGAGAUUGCCCGUCUGAGGGAAGCCGAGAAGAAAGUUGCUUCAGCUGAGGAGGCCACGGCCUGCCUGGACCGGCUUCGGGAGGAAGUGAAGGCCCUUCAGAAGGGUGUUGAUGAGGCCGAUGUGGCCUACCGGCAGGUAGCGGCUGACCGUGAUGACGCUCUGAGGGCUAGGGAUGAAGCCCUACGAAGCCGUGAUGAGGCCCUGCUCCGGGCCGAAGAUGCCGCAAGGGCUCAGGCUGAUUCUGAGAGGGCCACUGAGAAGUCCGUUGACGGCGCCACCGAGAGGUUCCUGGCCGAAGGCUGGAAAGCCGAUGACCACUGGCCCUGGUGCUAUGACGUCGUGGCAAACCGGCUCGAAGAUUGGGGCCAGAACUGCCCUGCUGGCCAAGAGUACUUUGCUCGUGAGAUGGAUGUCUACUACGACAUGGGUCAGCAGAGGAUGCAGCGGCUGAUAUACCGGAGGCUGCACCGGGCGUUUAAAAAGCUUAAGCUCACCCAGAAGUGGGAUAAGAAGAACAUGAAGCUUCCACGGCUGAUGAGGGAUCCUGAGGCCGAAGCGAAACUCCCCCCAUCUGAGAGGCAGGAUCCAGUGCUCAGCUCUUCAAUCGGUGAGCCUGACUGGUCCGAAGAUGACACUCUGGCCGAUACUGCCGUCUCCUCAGCAGCCGAUGCCAGCGGAGGUGCCAGGACGGAGGAGGCCGAAGCGGAGCGGGUGGCCGAUGAGACCGUCCCCGAGAGUUGAUCGACUGACUUAUCAUUUUGUAAUUUAGCUAGGCUGGUGUCUGUAAUGCCCUUCUUUUUUUGUAAUGGCCGUUGAGCCCUCCUUGUGUAAUGACCUUAUAUUAAUGAAAUAUGUUUCCGG